UUUGUUCGAGGGAAUCUCUGUUUACAGUUAAUUAGUCUUUCAUCUCUUCAACCUGUUCCCUCCUCCGGUCCCUCCCCUAGAGCCUCUCCUCCUUUUUCUGCAGCUCUUGAGCAAGUUUCAUUCUGGUGGCGCUGGAUCUUUUAGCAAGUAGCAACCAAAGCACCCUCCUCCUCGUCCCCUGACCUUGAGCUGAGGAUGGACAGGAGACCAAGGUACAGCCAGUACAGCUCAGAAGAGGAAGACGAUGAAAUUGAAAUGUAUGAACAUGAUUAUGAUGGCCUGUUAUCCAAAGGAAAACGGCAUCUAGGAAAGACCCGCUGGACUCGUGAGGAGGAUGAGAAACUCAAGAAGUUAGUGGAACAAAAUGGAACUGAAGAAUGGAAAGUAAUAGCCAGCUUCUUGCCUAACCGAACUGAUGUCCAGUGUCAGCAUAGAUGGCAGAAAGUUUUAAACCCUGAACUUAUCAAAGGUCCUUGGACAAAAGAAGAGGACCAGCGGGUGAUUGAACUUGUACAUAAAUACGGCCCCAAAAGGUGGUCAGUGAUUGCCAAGCACUUAAAGGGUCGUAUAGGCAAACAAUGCAGAGAGAGGUGGCAUAAUCACCUGAACCCAGAAGUAAAGAAAUCUUCUUGGACUGAGGAAGAGGAUAGAACCAUAUAUGAAGCUCACAAACGUCUGGGGAAUAGAUGGGCAGAAAUUGCAAAGCUUCUUCCUGGAAGAACUGAUAAUGCAAUCAAAAACCACUGGAAUUCUACCAUGCGUCGUAAGGUUGAACAGGAAGGUUACCUUCAGAACUCAUCCAAAACCAACCAACACACCAUAGUCACAAACUUCCCAAAGAGCAAUCAUUUGAUGACCUUCACCCACACUCGUGCUUCUGCUGAGCACUCUCAAGCUUCCACAAGCAGCUUUCCUUACUACCACAUAGCUGAGCAUCAGAAUGCUUCAUACCCUGUAGCACUGCGUGUGAAUAUUGUGAAUGUCCCACAGCUGGCAACUGCACCUGUACAGAGACACUAUAAUGAUGAAGAUCCAGAGAAAGAGAAACGAAUUAAGGAAUUAGAGCUGCUUCUUAUGUCAACAGAGAAUGAAAUAAACCAGAAGCAAGAACUACUGAAUCACACAGCAAGCUAUACCACGUGUCACAGUACAACUAUUGGUGGCAACCCGAGACUACAUGGGCAAAGCACACCCGAUUCGUGCCUAGGAGACCCACACCAUUCCACCCCCUCACCACAAGUGGACCACAGCUGUCUGCCUGAGGAGAGUGCAUCACCAGCCCGGUACUUUGGUGUAAACCUGUUAAUUCAGAUGAAGAACCUGGCUGAAUACUCAGAAACACAGCUUAUAGAUUCUGGUCCUUCUUCAUGGGUUGAACACAAACAUUAUGAAAUCAAUGAACAAGACGAUUCCUCACCUAACAGCACUCCCUCAGGCCAAACCUCAGAAUCUGAGGAUGGAUCAGGCAGCCUCUGCAGCCCAAUGCUAGUCCCUGACACAGAUUUAAGCGAAAGAAUGAUGUGUCAGGGCGCUCCUAGCUCCCUAAAUUCUGCAGAAGGUACUCUGUCACCGAAGAUCAUCUUGCACAAAAAGAGAGGGCGUCUGAGCUACUUAGUCAGUGAAGAGCGAGGUCUCUUCAACCUGGCUGACAUCAGCAGUUCUACAACUAAAUACUCCCCUAUCAAAAGUCUGCCCUUCUCUCCCUCCCAGUUCUUGAACACCUCAACACAACACGAGAAUUUAGAAAUGGAGCAUCAAUCUCUUACAUCCACUCCAAUUUGUGCAUCUCAAAAAAAUACCAUUACCACAUCUCUCCUCCGAGACCACGCACUGCGACUCCAGAAGGAAAACCACCUCCUUAGAACUCCAGCAAUAAAAAGGUCUAUUCUAAACAGUACUCCAAGGACUCCUACCCCAUUCAAAAAUGCAUUAGCCGCUCAGGAAUUUAAGCAUGGUCCUCUAAAACUAUUGCAUCACACACCCUUACAUCUUGCUGAAGAUAUACAGGAGGUUAUAAAGCAGGAAACUGAUGAAUCUGGCAUCGUACAUGAUCAUUGUAAUACAGAGGAACCUCUACUAAAACGAAUCAAACAGGAGGUGGAAUCGCCCACUCACAAGGUUGGCAACCUUUAUUUUUCAAGUUACUGGGAAGGGGAAAGCCUAAAUGCCCAACUUUUCAGACAGCAGUCUACCUUGGAUGAUACCUCAAAUAGCAUUCUUACCAGUUCUCUACUAAUGAAGCCUGUGUCUGAAAAAGAAGAUCAUAUAUUCAAAUCUUUUCCUGUGCAAAGUAUUAAGUCCUACACAAGCCCUCUGCAGCAUCUCAGCGGAACCUGGGAUGUCAUGUCUUGCAGCAGGAUGGAAGAUCAAAAGAUUCUUGCAGAACAAUACUGUAAAUACAUAAAAAACUUUUCUACACUAGUGAUAUGAGAAAGAAGCAGGAUCCAAACAAGCAUUAUCAAACCAUAAACACUUAACGGACACUUGGAAUUUUGUUUUACAAAUUCCUCUACAUGAAACUUUUGGGAAAUUUGUUCAUGAUUGGGAGAAAUUUGUUGUGGUACAACAGUUGGGAGAAGCACCAAGUGCAUUUUUUUGUUGGUUUAGCUUUUUUUCCCUAGUCGUCAACCCUUUUCAAGUUGGAUUUGAUCUGACUGUUACUAUAUAAAAAUAUGGAUGUUAGGGGAAAAAAGAAGACAAUCUUGCCUAUAUUUUAGGUGUUGCUUUUUGUAAUUUAGUUUUCUUUUUUUUCCAUAAAAUGUAAUAAUAUUUUGGAGAACAAGCAAAUUCAUAUGCACCAGUAUUGUUUUAUAGUUGUAAAUGUUUGGCGUUUUUUCAGAGCAGGCACUUGUCUGGGUGUUUCUUUGUCAACCUACAAAUUGCAUUGGUACAAAAAGAGUAGCAGUAGCAAGCAUUACUACAGUAUUUAUCACAGGUACAAUUAUUUAGAAAGCGGAAUCAGAAUUGUGGGUAGUCAGAACAGAAGUACCGUUUGAUAUUCUUGCAAAACCAUUACCCUUUGACGUGCGUGUGGAUAUUUUGUUUUUUUUUACUUUGCUUGCUUUAAAUUUUGUCGACAGGCAAUACAGAUUUUUUUAUUAAAGCAAAUUCUAUUUUUAUUCAGUAAUUUAAUUUUUUUAAUUAAAAUGCCAAAUGUUCAUUGAGUUUUUUUCAUACAUUGUUAAACACCCCAUCCCCUCCCCACUACCCUCCCCUGCUGCUAUGACUGUAGCAUGAAGACUUGCUGGCAAUGACAAAGCACAAAAGGGAUUUGUACAAAUAAGACAACUAUGGUGAUGUCUUCUUAAUAUGCACUAGCAUUUCAUACAUUUUCUUUGUUUUUUUUAAUUUAAUUUUAUUCUUUUUUUUUUUUUCUUUUACAUUUCUUCUCUAAGUAGAGAAAAAAUUAUGUGGGAGAUUGACGCCUUGCACCUUUAUUAGUUUGGGAGAAGACUGUGUUAAUGUCUGUUUUUUAUACUUCUUUAGAUUUUCUCUGUGUCUGAAGUCUUGUACAGUACUGCCUUUUGUGUAAAACGUAUACAAACCCAAGAACACUGUUUUUUAUAUACUUUGCUGCCUUGAAACAGGUAGCAUCCCUGCACUUAUUUUGUACUGCCCUAUAAGAAAUAAAGUGUGUUUUUAUAUAAAA